AUGUUCUUCUCACGGACCUCGAGAUCUUCAGAACAUGGGGAUAAAAUUGAAUCUGCAUCGCCAAAUGCAGUACACACUCGACGUCACUCAAAAAGAUUCUGGUUAUUACUUCUCGCAGCUACAAUUCUCAUCAUCGGGCUCGGCCUAGGUCUUGGCCUUGGACUCGGAUUGAGAAACACCGGCGACGACGAUGACAGUAAUGAUUCCGAUGACUCCAACUCAUCUAACACACUUCCAUCAGGAAACACGACCACGAUAGGCGUCAAUGGAACAUUCUGGCAACCUCAAGCAGGAGCAACCUGGCAAAUAGUUCUCCAACAACCAAUCCACACAUUCACACCCCUCGUCUCAAUCUUCGACAUCGACCUAUUCGAAAACAACGCUUCCACAAUAAGCCACAUCCACUCCCUAGGAUCAAAAGUAAUCUGUUACUUCUCCGCUGGAAGCUACGAGUCUUUCCGUCCAGACACCAAAGACUUCGUCUCGGCCGAUUACGGAAACGAGCUGAAAGGCUGGCCGGGAGAGAAAUGGCUCGACACGCGCAGCGAGAACGUGAGAGCGAUCAUGAAGAAGAGACUUAACCUAGCCAGCGAAAUAGGCUGUGAUGGCGUAGACCCCGACAACGUCGAUGGUUUCGUCAAUGAUUCCGGAUUCCCACUCACCAACACCACAGCUCUCGACUUUCUCCAUUUCUUAGCCGACGAAGCACAUCGUCUUAAACUUGCCAUCGGACUCAAGAAUGCCGGGGAUCUGGUGGGCCAGACGACGGGGUUUUUGCAAUGGGUGGUUAAUGAGCAGUGUCUGCAAUUUAAGGAGUGUGGGUUGUACAGACCGUUUAUUGAGGCGGGGAAACCGGUGUUGCAUAUCGAGUAUGUGAGUGAGAAGGGGAAUAAUGAUGUUAAUACGAGGACGAGGGAGGAGAUUUGUGGGCAGCCUGCUGAGGAGGGGUUUAGUACGUUAAUGAAGAAGGCGAGUGUGGAUGAGUGGACGGAGACUUGUUGA